AUGGAAAGCGUUGGGCUGCGUGUAUAUCGUUAUGCUUAUGUUCAGAUGAAGCGGCCGAAGGUGAAGAAAUGUCUCGAAGAAAUUGAACAAGCAAAGAGCCGUCUCAAGAGUGUGACACCAGAACAUGAAGGUGCACUUGUUCUCCUUCUUGCCCUCUUUGACGAGGAUGAAGAGGUCAUCUACAAGACCGUUGAGGAGACUGCCCAUGACGAUGACUUGGGAGACAUGCCAUUGACGCCCAUAAUAUGUAUGAAAGGACCAGGUCUCUUUGAGGCAGAAAUGUUCACUGUCUGUGUGGAUGGUGUUGCUAUCUUGACCACUCGGCGGGCUGCAGCUUUCAAAGUCAUGUUUCUCUUAUACUUCGUUCUUAACAUCGAGUAUCCACCUGAAGUGGCUUUGACAUUGGAGUUUGUGCAGAGGUGA